GGUUUAAAAUUAAAAAAAAAUAUAAAUCUGUGUGUACGUAAUCAUUUCUGUCGGUGUCCCAGUGUUUUGUUGAUCGUGGUGUUAGCCGACUUCGAAGCAGGAGGUUCUCGUUCCGUCCAUUUUUAUACUCAUAAAUACGAAUAAUAUAUGUGCGAAAAUAUAAGCGAAUAGGACUGUGAUAACUAGUGUACAGCAGUGAGUACUGAUGUGAUGCAGAGGCAGUUGAGCAACGUCAGCAUACACUCCUACCAGGAGUACCAGCCCACCAGGAAAUAUGGGCCGCAGUAUGAGCCGGGCGGGUACGCCACGGUAGUGCAACAACGUACCAAUAUGAAGCAGCGAGAAGACGCUCUGAAGUUUGAGCAGGGCCGGAUCAGGGCCUUGCAGGAGGAGAGGCAGCACAUACAGAAGAAGACCUUCACGAAAUGGGUCAAUUCAUUCUUGCAGAAGGCGAGGAUGGAGGUGGAGGACCUGUUCGUGGAUCUCGCAGACGGCCGUCGCCUGCUGAAGCUGCUGGAGAUCAUCAGCGGCGAGAGACUGCCUCGCCCCAACUCCGGCCGGAUGAGGGUCCACAAGAUAGAGAACGUCAACAAAUCCCUCAGUUUCCUCCACACCAAGGUCCGCUUGGAGUCCAUCGGUGCUGAGGACAUCGUGGACUGCAACCCUCGUCUCAUCCUGGGCCUCAUCUGGACCAUCAUCCUCCGCUUCCAGAUCCAGGAGAUAGAAAUCGAUGUGGAUGAAGAGAAUGUGUCGUCAGAGAAGAAAUCAGCCAAGGACGCCCUCCUGCUGUGGUGUCAGCGGAAGACCAGCGGCUACCACGGCGUCCACAUACACAACUUCACAGACUCCUGGAGAUCAGGACUUGGAUUCAACGCUCUCAUACACGCUCACAGACCAGAUCUUUUCCGCUGGUCCGAGCUGCCGACCUCCGACCACGUGGAGACUCUCAACCAUGCUUUCGACGUAGCCCACACACACCUUGGGAUACCGAAGCUAUUGGAUGCUGAAGACGUCGACACCACCCGACCCGACGAGCGAUCCGUGAUGACGUACGUGGCCAGCUACUACCACACCUUCGCCAGGAUGAAGAACGAGCAGAAGAGCGGCCGCAGGAUCGCCAACAUCAUCGGCCAGCUGAUGGACUGUGACGGUCGCAAGGCGGAGUACAGUCGCCUGGUGUGUGCUCUGCUCGAGUGGAUCCGUCUGAAGAUACAGGAGCUGAACUGCCGCGAGCUUCCCAACUCGCUGGACGGCAUCCAACGUCUGUUGCUGGCCUUCAAACAGUACAGGACCGUGGAGAAGCCGCCCAAGUAUAAGGAACGUUCUGAAAUCGAGGCGUUGUACUUUGAUAUCAACACGAUGCAGAAGAGUUUAGUGGGGGAGCCCUGGGCCCCGCUCGAGGGACAGCUGCCUCAAGACCUGCAGCGAGCCUGGCAACAGCUGGAACAGGCGGAGCACUCCCGGGAGCUGGCGCUUCGCACUGAACUGUUAAGACAGGAGAGGCUCGAGCAACUGGCAUACAAGUUCCAUACUAAGUCUGUUCUCCGCAAGGGGUACCUCAAGGAGAUGAUCCAGGUCUUAUCUGACCCUCGCUACGGGUCCAACGUGGCGCAGGUGGACGCCACCGUCAAGAAACAUGAAGCUAUUUCAGCUGAUAUCCUCGCCAGGACGGAGCGGUUCGAGGAUCUAUCGGCUAUGGCGGCGGAGCUGGUGAAGGAGAAGUACCACGGGGCGGAGAGCGUCUCCCACACAGAACAAGCUGUGCUGGCCAGGUGGAGGGAACUUCUGGCGCUGCUGGAGAGACACAGGGCAGCGCUGGCUACUCUGGCCCAGCUGGUGGCGCUGCUCAGGGAAGCUGAGGCUGUGGGGCACACGCUGCUAGAGAUGAAGGCUCAAUUCCAAUCCGAGGAGGUCGGUAGACACCUGGUGGAUGUGGAGCGUCUGCUGCAGGCGCACGCCCUCCAGGAACUGCAGCUGGGGGCUCUGGAUGACACCAUCAAGAGACUGGCGAGAGCGGGGGCGGGAGACCACGCCUCCGCCGCCCAGCUCCGGGGCGCCCUGGACUCACUGACUGAUGAUUAUACCGGUCUGGUCGCUGCCGCUAAGGACCGCAAGGCGAGGCUCGAGGAUGCUAGGAACCUGUACCAGUUCCUCGAAGACCAUGAGGAGGAAGAGGGGUGGGUGAUAGAGAAGCAGCGCAUCUGCCGGGCGGAGGUCGCGGCCAAGGAUCUGAGGGCGGUCACGGCGCUGAGGCAGAAACACACCGCGCUGAUGCACGAGCUGCGGGCCAGGGACCUCGUGGCCCAGAGGCACAGGGCCAAGGGACAGAGUCUAAUAGAGUCAAAGCACCCUAAGAGCGGCGAGAUCGAGCGCCGCCUGGCGUCUCUGGCCCAGCAGUGGGAGAUCCUGCGCCAGCUGGCGGACGACCGGGAGAAACAGCUGGCGGACGCCGCGGAGGCGCAUCAGUUCUACGGGGACGCCAACGAGGCGGAGUCCUGGAUGAGGGAGAAGCGCGCUCUGGUGGCGUCUUCAGACUGCGGCCGGGACGUAGCCGGCGCGGCCGCCCUGCUGGCCAGGCAGCGCGUGUUGCACGACGAGCUCAGGGCGCACGGGGCCGAGCUGCGAGCGCUGGCGGCCGCCGCAGACAGACUCACCAAGAACGGCAUCCACACACUACAGCUGCCUAUGGAGGUGGAGUCUGUGGCCGGCGAGCAGGAGGACGAGUGGUCCAGCGAGUCGCGCCUGGUGCCGACCGAGGUGUGGGAGGAGGAGCCGGUCGAGAGGCUGGAACACCGCACUGUCACCGAGCAGAGGAGCGUGUCACAGGUGAAAGCUCUGUACGCGUUCAGCGGUCAGGGCAUCUCGAUAGCGAAGGGCGAGGUGAUGUUCCUCAUCAGCAAGACCAACCCCGACUGGUGGUCCGUCCGCAAGGCCGACAGGACUGACGGCUUCGUGCCAGCCAACUACGUCAGGGAAAUAGAACCGAGAGUUGUGCCGGUCCAGGUCCGCCGUCCGGAGAAGGUGCGCACGGUGCAGCGCGUGAAGAAGACGGUGCUGGUGAAGCAGGUGGUGCAGGUGAGGAGGACGCCCGCCAGGAGGACCAGGCUCCCUCCGCCGGACAGACAUCCGCCCGUCCAGCAGAGGAUGGAACAUAUACAGCAGGAGUAUGAGGAGCUGCUCAAGCUGUCCGAGGCCCGCCGUCUGCAGCUGGAGGACGCUAUCAAGCUAUACAGCUUCUUCGCCGAGUGCGACGACUUCGACAAGUGGAUCCGGGACAAGGAGAAGAUGCUGAGGACCGACGAGCCCCAGGACAGCGUGGACAACGCUAAGAGGAUGUACGAGAAAUUCGUAACGGACCUGUCAGCGGCCUCCAAACGCCUGGAGAGUAUCGAGGCGGCGGCCGAGGAGCUGGUGGCGGCGGAGCACGGCCAGGCGGCGCGGGCUGCGGCGAGGAGGCAGCAGCUGCGGCAGCAGUGGGACAGGCUGCUGCGGCUCAAGCAGCAGAAGGAGAAGAGUCUGGAGGGGGCCUCCAGCGUGGAGCUCUUCAACCGCACUUGUGAUGAAGCGCUCGAGUGGAUGUCGGAGAAGGAGCGCCAGCUGGCGGACGGCAGCGCCAGCGCAGCGGACCUCAGGACGGUGAGGGCGCUGCAGCGGAGACACGCGCAGCUGGAGAGGGAGCUGCAGCCCUUGCGAGACAGACUGCACACCGUCACGCUGCUGGCGGACUCGGUCAAGUCCCAGUAUCCGUCGGAGAGGUCCAAUGUCGAGGCACGCCAGAGACAGCUGUGCUCGUCCUGGGAGCGCUGCGAGGCGCAGGCGGCGGAGCGCCGGGCUCGCCUGGAGAGCGCUGUCGGACACCAGGUGUUCGCCAACGGAGCCAGCCAGCUGCAGGACUGGAUCCAGAAAAUCCGCUCCCAAGUAUCGUCCGAGGUGCGCGCCAGUGACGUGGCGACCGCUGAGUCUCUGUUGAAAGACCACCAGGACGUGCUGGACGACAUCAAGGCGCACAAAGACGAGUUCAAGGAGGUGAUCAACCUCGGCCAACAGCUGGUGGCGACCAAUCCAGCGCUGACGGACGUGGCGGACACGGUGAAGAUGCUGCAGCAGGAACAGGACGCCGUCAUGAAAGAAUGGCAGGCCAAGGAGCAGGUGUUACAGCAGUGCCUCCAGCUGCAGAGCUUCAACCGCGAGGCGGAUCAGAUAGACGCGGCGUCUGGCGCGCACGAGGCUGUCCUCAACUACAACGACUAUGGGUCGUCGGUGGACGAGGCGGAGGCCUACCUGAAGCGCCAGGAGGAGGUGGAGGCCCGCCUCAGUGCGCAGGACGAGCGCGUAGCAGCCUUCGCAGCGCGAGCGCACGCGUUAAUAGUCGCCAAGCCACCGCACUACGCGAAGGAACACAUCCAGUCCCGCUGCGACAGCGUGGUGUCCCGUCGGGAGGCAGUCCGGCAUGCUGCAGCAGCCAGGAGACGAGCGCUGCUGGCGAACCUCGCGCAUCACCAGUUCCUCGCGUCGGUGGACGAGCUGCAGACCUGGAUACAGGACAAGACGAGGACCGCCACGGACCAGAGCUACCGAGAGCUGGCAAACUUGGAGCGGAAGCUGCAGAAGCACGAGGCCUUCGAGCGCGAGCUCCAGGCGAAUGAGAAGCAGCUCAGGAAUGUUGAGAGUAUCGGGCUCUCCCUCCAGAAGUCAGACCCUGGACACGCUGAGGAGGUGUCGUCUAGACUGCAGGCUCUGCAGGUAGCCUGGGCGGCGCUGGUGGCAGCCUCCAGGGACAAGGGCGCCAAGCUGAGGCAGGCCAGCCAGCAGAGGAUACACAGACGGUCCGUGGAAGACGCCAAGGCGAGGCUGGCUGAGGUGGAGCGAGCUCUGAACAGCACAGAACUGGGAUCAGAUCUGCGAUCCUGCAAGCGACUGCUUCUACUACACCAGGCUCUAGAGCAAGAGCUGAGUCAAUGCGAACAGCGAGCGGAGUCCCUGGCGGCUCAGGGUUCCGACCUGGUCUCCAGCGGACAUUUCGAUGGCGCGGCCAUCGAGCGGGACUCCGCCGCGCUGCUGCAAGCCGCCCGGGCGCUCCGUCCUCGAGCAGCCGAGAGGAGACAGGCGCUAGAAACUAGUCUACAACUUCACAAGUUCGCCGCAGAGGUUUCCGGUGAAUUGGCCUGGGUGUCGGAGAGACAGGGCGCCGCCUCCUCCACCACGCUCCCUGGGGACCUGCACGCGGCGCAGGCGGCGCAGAAGAAACACGCCAAGCUGCGAGCGGAGCUGGAGGGGCGGAGGCCUAUCGUGGAGCGGGUUCUACACCGGGGCAAGGAACUAGACACGCAUCCGCAGGCUGGCAAGAUCAAGCAACUGUGCAAGGAACUAGAAGAGGCCUAUUCCUCUGUAUCAUCAGCGGCGGAGGAGCGAGCGGCCCGGCUGGAGGCCGCGCUUAAAGCCCAGCAGUUCCUCCACGACGCGGCGGAAGUGGACUCUUGGCUGGCUGACAAAGCGGCGGCACUGGCUUCCGCUGACGUCGGCAAUGACAGGCACAGAGCGACACAACUCCUCACCAGGCAUAAGGCUGUGGAACUCGAGUUGGAUACGUACGCGGCUAUCAUAGCGGAAAUGGGUCACGUGGCGCAGUCGAUGGCUUCCGGCGGUCAUCCCGAGGGCGCCGCCCUGGUCACCAGGCACGACCAGCUGGCCGGCAGUCUGGCCAGGCUGCAAAGACUGGCAGCCAGCAGGCAGGCCGCGCUCAUGGAGAGCGUCUGCAGACAUGAAUAUCUGGCUGAGAGCGCUGAGCUGGAGGAAUGGGUUGCGGAGCAGCAAGCGGCCGCCUCCAGCGAGGAUUACGGACAGGAUUACGAGCACUUACUGAUACUCCGCUCCAAGUUCGAAGAGCUCCGUCACCGUGUAGAGAGUGGGGCGGAGAGGUUCAACCAGUGUGAGGAGCUGGCCAAGAAGCUGGUCGCAUCCGACAGCCCAUACAUCGCUGACAUUGAAAAGAGACAGGAAGUGCUCGGCGAGUCCUGGCAGCGUCUGGUGGAACAGAUCCAGUCUCGGAGCCAGCGCCUCGCGGCGGCCGGGGAGAUCCACCGCUUCCACCGCGACGCCGGGGAGCUGCUGGCGCGCGCCGGGGAGCGCAGGGCUCGCCUGGCGCCCGCGCCCGCGCCCCGCGACCUGCGCGCCGCCACCGCCCUCCUCCGGGACCACGACGCCGCGGAGAACGACAUGGUCGCCAUAGACGCUCAGAUGCAGGUGCUCCAAGAGGAGGGAUCUCGUCUCCAGCGGCUGUGCCCCGGCGGCAACUCCCAGCAGAUAGCGCUGCGUCAACAGGCGCUCAGUGAAGCGUGGCGGUCACUGCGCGGCGCCGCAGACCUCAGGAGGAAACUGCUGCACCAACACCUGGAACUGCAGACCUUCCUGUCCGCGGUCCGUGACGUCAUCUCGUGGUCGUCAUCCCUCCGCAGCGAGAUGUCGUCACCCGCAGCUGCAAGGUCAGCAGCAGCAGCGCAGGCGCAGAGGGCGCACCACGACGCUCUGAGGGCGGAGAUCGACGCCCGCGACGACGGCUUCAAGGACGUGCUGGCCAGGGGUCAGAGGUUACUGGAGGAGGAACAUCCCAACUCCGCGGAGAUCGAGGAGCGGUGUCGUGCGGUGGUGGAGGAGCGCGGUCGCCUGGCGAACUCCUGGGCCGCGCGGCAGGUGGCCCUGGACCAGCUGAUCGACUGGCACUGCUUCCUAAGGGACGCCAAGCAGUUGCACGCUCUGUGUGCUGCACAGGAAGCAGCACUCGGCAGCGAAAUAUCUCCGACCAGCAGCGUGGAGGAGGUGGAACACCAGCUCAAGAAGCACGAGGCCUUCGAGAAACUGCUGGCGACGCAGGACGAGAAGCUGUCCACCCUGAACAGCCACGGAGACAAGCUGUUGCAGCAGAACCACGUGGAGAGCGCCCGCAUACAGGAAGAGCUGGCCGCUGUCAACGAUCGUAGGAAGAAGCUAUACGUGGCCGUGGGUGUCCGUCGCGGAGCCUUACUCCGAGCGCGCGCCCGGGCUCAGUUCACGAGAGACGCCGCUGAAGCCAGGAGUUGGGUGGCCGACAAGAUGGCGCAGCUGCAGCUCAUCACUGGUGAAGUGACGGACCUGGAAGACAAGAUCAAGAAGCUGCAGAGACACCAGGCGUUCACUGCUGAACUGGCCGCGAACAGGGCGCGGCUGGAGGAGGUCGGGCAGCUGGCCAAGGAGCUGGAACCGGACAGGGAGGUGGCCAAGGAGCUGGAGCAGCUGGAACGAGAGUGGAGGACGCUGGAGGACGCCGCAGAACAAAGAGGUCGCGGGUUAGAGGAGGCCCAGGACAUUCUGGAGUUCAACCAGCACCUGGACAAAAUAGAAGCCUGGAUACGUGACAAGGAACUGAUGGUCCAAGCCAACGAGACCGGCCGUGAUUACGAGCACUGCACCGCCCUGCUGCGUAAGCUGGAUGACCUGGACAGCGACAUGAAGGUAGACGACAAACACGUCAAGAGCGUCCAGGCGUUGGCUGACAAGCUGUUGCAGCAGGGUCCAACACAACACGCUGCCAACGUCGCCGCCCGGCGUGACGGAGUGCUGCUCAAGUGGCGCGCGCUCACUGGAGCGCUGCAGCGCUACAGGGAGAGGCUGGCGGCAGCGCUGCAGCUACACUCCUUCAACAGGGACGUCCAAGAGACAUCGGAGCGUUUGUCCCGCAAGGCAGCCCUUUUCCGCAGCGAGGAGUGCGGCCGGGACCUCAGCGCGGCCCACGAGCUGCGCAGACGCCUCGACGCGGCGGUCCGGGAGGCCGGGACCAUAAGGGACAGGAUACACCAGCUGAAGAACGACGGUUCAGCGCUGGCGAGGAGUCAUCCUGAACAGCGAGAGAUAAUCGAGUCCCAGCUGUCCCAGCUGGACGAAGGCUGGGAGCAGCUGCAAAAGCUGGCGGCCGCGCGCUCCGACAUGCUGGACGACGCCGUCAAGGAACACAAGUUCGAAGAAAACCUUAAGGAGUUGGAGGUCUGGGUGACGGAGACGGUGAAGCGCCUGGACCGCGCGGAGCCCGACAGCGUCACGGACGCUCAGGCACAGCUGGAACACCUGCACGAGACCAAGGCGGAGAUAGACGGUCGCCAGAAGGCUAUAUCAUCACUCCAGAAGGAGGCUGAGCAGGCCCAGGAGUUGGAGAAGGUGAAGCGUGUGGAGAAGCUGGCAGCUGGACUGGAUCAGGCCUGGCUACAGAGGAAACAGUAUCUCACGCAGGCCCACUCACUGCAAGUGCUGAAGGAACAGGCCCAGGCCGUCGAGGACUGGCUCGCUGGGAAAGAGGCCUUCCUCCACAACGACGACCUCGGAGACAGCCUCGACGCUGUUGAGACACUGAUCCGCAAGCACGGCGAGUUCUCCAAACUGCUGGAAUCCCAGAUGGGCAAGGUGCUGGAGCUGGAGAAGUACGCCGAGUCCAUAUCGGAGGGGCACUACAAUAGAGACUACAUAAUGAAGAGGGUGGCUGCCGUGAGGGCGAGGGCGGACCAGCUCAAGCUGUCGUGCGUGUCACGGGCCGAGCGUCUGCAGCAGGCGUUGCAGCUGCAGCAGCUGCUGAGGGACGUGACACACGCGAGGGAGUGGAUCGACCUCAAGAUGCAGAUCGCUAACGACGCUAACUACAGGGAGCUGUCGAACCUGCAAAGCAAGAUACAGAAGCACGCGGCCUUCGAGUCCGAGCUGGCGGCCAACAAGAAGCGGAUCGACGACGUGGCUACAGCUGGGGAGGACCUCAUCGAGGCAAAGCACUACGCGUCCCAGGAAAUAGCGAGACACGUGGAGGACCUGGAAAACCUGUGGACUGAUCUGUUGUCCGCAUCCAAACUACGUAGGUCCCGGCUGCAGGAGGCUUACCAGGCGCGCGUGUACCUCCGGGGGCUGGACGACUUCACCGCCUGGCUUGAUGACGUGGAGGCACAGUUGCUUAGCGAGGAUCACGGUAAAGACCUCUCAUCAGUGUCGGCGCUGCUGAAGCGUCACUCUCGUCUGGAGGCGGCUGUGGGGGCGAAGGCCGACACCGCGACGCAACUGGCCGACACCGCCAGACAUCUCGCAGACAACAAACACUUCAUGGCCGACGAGAUCCUCGAGAAAGCUGACACUGCUGUCAAGAGAUACAAACAAUUGCAAGAACCGAUGUCCAUCAGGCGGGAGAACCUCAAGGACGCUGAAUUACUGCACCGCUGGGAGAGAGACGCGCACGAGGAGAUGGCCUGGUUAAAAGAGCACGAGGCAGCGGUAUGGUCCGAGGAGGCGGGCGGGUCCCUGCCCGAGGCGCAGGCCCUGCUGAAGAAACACCAGGCGCUCGGAGCCGAGCUGGGCGCCAGAGAGGCGACGAUCUCUGCGGUGAUCAGCCGUGCCAGCGCGCUGUCUCGAAGGGGACACUUCGCCAGCGCUGUGCUCGAGCAACGGAGUCGGGAGCUGAGGGCGGCGCUGAGGACCAUCACCGAGAGGGCGGCGCACAGGGAGGCCGCGCUCAGGGAACGAUGCGACCUACUGCAGCUGCUGAGCGAAAUCUGGGAGGCGGAGGCCUGGGUGGCGGAGCGCCGCGGGGCGAUCCUCGGCGCUGAGCUGGCUCGGGACGAGGACUCCGCCCUGGCCCUGGCCAGGAGACUGGAAGCCCUGCAGAGGGAACUGCAGGCCUUCCAACCAACCAUCGCGAGGAUCGAGAAGAACUACCAGGAUCGUUCCUACGAAGACGAGCAGGUCCGCCGCAAGCUGGACGAGCUCAAAGCUUCCUACGAGGAGAUGAACCUGCUGUCGGCCAAGCGUCAGCAGAGGUUGCAGCAGAGCCUGAAAUAUUUCAAGUUCGUCCAGGAGUGUGAGGAGGUGCAGGAGUGGAUCGGCGAGCAGAUGACGGUGGCGGCCAGCGAGGAGUACGGCCUGGACGUGGAGCACGUGGACACGCUGCAGCAGGCCUUCGACUACUUCAUGCAGCAGCUGCAUGCAAACGAGGGCAGGAUCGAGGCGGUCUGCGAGGCGGGGGCGGCACUCCUGGAAGAGAACACGCCAGAGGAGGAAAGAGUGAAGCAGAAGAUAGAAGACAUAAGAGGACUGUGGGACGACCUCAAGGAGCUGGCUCUGGCUAGGCAGGAGGCGUUGGCUGGUGCGCGUCAAGUCCACGAGUUCGAUCGCAGCGCUGAGGAGACGGUGGCCUGGGUCAAUGAGAAGGAAGCGGCGCUUGCAGCGCUGUCGUCCCCAGCAGCCUCUCAGUUGCAUCAGCUUAAAGCGCUGCGAGCGGAGCUGGGGGCUAUCAGAGACCAGCACCAGAUGUUGAGAGACAGGGCUUCCAGUCUCGGUGAAGCCUUCCCCGACGCCAAGGAGCACGUGCUGUCUAAGCUGGAGGAGGUGACUGAAGCGCUGGAAGCGCUGGAGGAGAAGGCAGCCCACAGCGAACACCAGCUGGAACUGGCUGAUCAGCUUAAAGCGUACUUCGACAAAUACCAGGAGCUUAUGGCUUGGAACAACGAGACCCUCGCCCGCGUGACCGCUCCCGAGCUGUCUUCUGACGUGGCGGGCGCUGCACGACUGCUGGCCAGACACCAGGACCUCGCCGCUGAGAUACACGCCAAGGAUGAGAGCUUCCAGACCUUCUAUGACGACGGCGAGAAGUUGGUCCGCGAGGGUCACUUUAUGUCCCAGGAGGUGGAGACGAGGAUGUCGUCUCUGAGGGCUCGUAGGGCUGCGCUGGACCACGCCUGGAGCGCCCGGAACAGGAUAUACGAGCACCACCUGGACGCACUCAUGUUCUUAAGGGACGCUGAUGCGCUGGACCGCUGGAUAUCUUCCAGAGUGCCUCUCGUCCGUGAUGGAAAAUAUGGUGAAAGCCUGGCGCAGACGGAGGAGCUGAUCAACAGGCACCGAGACUUGGAGGAGACCAUCGACGCGCAGAAGGAGAAGUUCCUCGCACUCAAACGGAUCACGCUGAUCGAGAAAGCCUUUAAAGAUCAGAAGAAUGAAGAGGAGGCUGCCCGCAAGCAACACCUGGAGAGACAAGAGGCUGAGAGGAUGCAGCUGGUGCGGAAGAGAGAGAUGGAGAGGAUCGCGGAGGAGCGGCGGAGGGAGACAGAGGAGCAGAGAGGAACUGCUGUACAGGUGGAGCGUCAGUUAUCCAGCUCCGGUAUGAACAGCAGCCUGGCUGGCUCCGUGGAGGAGACCCUCAGCCCCGCGCCGCAGUUCGACCGCCUCCCGAAACCGGAUGUUCACGUCAAGAGAGCUGAGAGCAUGAGCGUGGUGAAGACUCCUAAACGGACACCGUCGUUCACGACGCGCAGGCGGACCCAGAGCUUCAGGCGGCACCGGAAACACGAUGACCUGCCUCCGGUCGAAAUAGAAGGAUACUUGGAGCGCAAGCAGGAGGCGGGUUCGGGCGGCGUGAGAGCGGCCGUGAGGAGUUGGAGGUCGUACUACGCCGUGCUGUGCGGUCAACUGCUCUGCUUCUUCAGGGACCAGGAGGAUUUCGCCAGCUCCAAGGCCGCGGCGCCACCUGUCGCUAUACUCAAUGCUCGUUGCACGCCCGCCAGCGACUACACCAAGCGGUCGCACGUGUUCCGUCUGUCGUGCGCUGAUGGGGCGGAGUACCUCUUCUCCUGCGGGUCCAGGGACCUGCUAGCGGAGUGGGUCGCCAAGCUAGCCUUCCACGCAGCGCUGCCGCCCCAGCUGCAACUGACGCCCUACAACGCCGAGGAGUCACCUACAGCGGACGUGAGGAGGAGAUUGCAGCAGAACGCGUCCUCGUCAUCCUCGGCCGCUUCCUCGCCGGAACCCCAGCGUCACAGGACCCAGGCCGAGAUACUGCAGGAACAUCGCACCAGCCAGAAGGAGAGUCAGGCCGGUAGAGAAGAUAACAAGAGUCGAGUCUCCGCAGACAGGCAUAUUGAGUCUACAGUGCUGCCCUCUCUGCCGCCGAGACAGCCGCCGGCAGUGGACGAUACUGCAGAUGUGGUGCUCAGGAACUCGGACCGCGAGUCCCACUCCUGGGGCCGCUCCAGGUUCUCCAACGGCAGAGACCUCAACGCCGAGUUCAUACGGUCACAGAGAGACGCCGAGGCCCCGCCGUCGCCCCCCGGCCCGCCCGUGGUCAGGCCCCCCGCGGGGCCCGACAGACCCCCCGCGCUGCCGGAGAGAGACAGGGAGAAGGUGACCAACCUGGUGAACAACUACCAGAGGAUGACGAGGAGCUACCAGGAGAGGGAAGACAGGAACUGGCAGGAACAGUACGGGGGAGACUCGGCUUACGGAGGCAGCAGUCGACCGUCUUCAGUAUCUGGAGGGUCACCAGCUCUGGACAACCGACCGGCCUCCAGGUCCUCGGGAGAAUCAGAGCUGUCAGUCGGCGGGAAAGAGAAGAAAGACAAGAAGGGAGUGUUCGGCGGACUGUUCAGCAGGAAGAAGAGGCCGCAGAGUCACAUGUAGAGGACAGAAGAGAAGAUACAGACGAUACAAGCAUAAUAAAUAUAUACUACCAUAAUAAUAUUGUUGAUAGAUAACCAGCGCGACCCCGCGACGGACAUGUUGAAUUUACCGAGUCUAUACCACGUUAUCACUUAAAGCGCUGCAGCGAUUGAAUUGUUCGCUACCAUUCGUCCUCGUACUACGUAAACACUUUUUUUUAUUAUUAUUAUUAUUACUAUUAUAUAUAUUUUGAAUUAA